AUGAAUCCAAAAGACAGAAAGGGAAAGGGCAUCGCCAUGGAUGACGGCGAUGAGACGAUUGCUUCGAUUGCGCGUCGACGCGAUCCUCCGCUCGUCCGGAGAGGCUUCUUGGUGGAGCCAUCCAAGCGGAUGCGGCGGAGCGUCGCAGGAAGACGGCGGUGGACGAAGCGACGGCCGCUGCUGAGGCCGAGAAGGUGGUCGAGAUGGCUGAGAUGGAGGAAGCGGCGAGAGUCGCCGCCGAAGCCGAGCGUCGGGAAGAGACUGAGAGACAGAGGGAGGGGGAAGAGCAUGAUUCCGGCGACGAAACCGACUCUGAUGAAGACGAAGAGCGGGGCCGUCAGCCAAGCGAGACUCGAGGGCAUCCCGGAUGUAAUCAAGAUGCCGAGUCGUACGCCGCCUACGGGCCUAAUCCACGAUGGGAGGUCGUGGAUGACGGAGGAGAUCCUUCGAGACCUCAUAGCGGAGGCCGAGUUCCUGACUCCGUGGAGUUUCGUAUCCCUGGCCAUCUCGAAAGGCCCUACGACGCUCCGGCUGGGUGGAUGUGCGUUUACGAGUGACCGUCCAGGCGAGCGAGACCGAACGGCGAACUCAAGGAGAACAGCGAAGCCAUCCCGUUCUAAGAAGAAAUCGAUGGGUCUUAGGAAGAGAGCGGCCGUGCCUAUUGACGACGUUGUCGUUGCUUCCGAGCCGGCGCCCAAAAAGAAAAGGGUCGAGUCCCCCAGACUGAGGGAUUCUCCUCCUUCUCCCCUUCGGAGCUCUUCCAUUGCGUCGCGUACGAGGGCUUCGACGAGGAAAGCCUCGACUUCUGUUCCUGAGGGCGUUCCGGAGCAAGUGAUCGAGCUUGACUCUCCUCCUUCCUCGGACCAUGACGAGUCUUCCCAUCACGAUGAGAGUGCUUCUCAUCACGAUGAUGGUUUGAGGACUCCGGCGCGUGGUGGUUCGCCUUCUAAGGGGGACGAGUUCCUCACCCCUGGUGGCGGCGUUCCCUCCUCUGACCGGCGUGAUCGUGGUGGUUUCGAAGGAGGGGAAUCAUCUCGGCGUCCAGGUGAGAAUGAUGAGGCGGUGUCUCGUCACUCGGAGGCGGGUGGUUUUGCUCCUGGCUCGAACCUCGGUGCUGAGGGUGGCGCCGGAAUUCCAAAGGAUGGUCCUGAGGGCUAUAAUCCUCACGCGUUCAAGACGUGGUGGAAUGGCGGGAGUCCUCUUAUGGAGGACCAGGAUGCUUGCGGAGGGGCGACUUGGAUGUCUAAAGUUCAUCCCGGCUUGGGGAUUCCGCGUGAGGAGCUCACCUUUAGGACCGAUUUCGACGAAGCUGCUCAACAUCAUAUUAUGUCUGGCGGGAAGUUCACCGCGUUGGUCCAGAAGUACGAGACGGCGCUUCGGGCAGCUAAGGACGAAGCCUUUGUGUUGCGGCGAGAGCGGGAGAUGGCCAAGGAUGUCGAUACAAUGGUGGCUGAUUGCAGCAGGAUAAACUGGUGCUUGAGUCGAAGAUCGGUCGAGGCGGCUGUGACUCAGGUCUUCGACUCGGUGAAUGACUGGUAUGCUCCUCGCCUCCAUCGCUUGUCGGAGUUCGUCGCGCAGCGGGACAUGGUUGAAGCCGCUGUGGGGAGGAGGCAAGUCGACGAAGCUCUCCUCAACUUUGUGAAGAAGAUUCGGGGAGUGGAUCUGAACUUCGACGCGAUGGAGGAGAAGCUCGCGGCUAAGCUGGCGAAGAGUAUCGCGGAUGGGGAUGCGAUUGACGAAGUUGUUAUCGAUGAUGAUGACUUCGCUCCGCCUAACAGCCUUAAACGGCUGGUGCUGCCGGGAUCUCCUUCUCGUCGAGAUGGUGGUGGUGCGGAUCCGGGUGCGGGACCCUCUACUUCUGGGGCCAAGUCUGCUUAG